AAGUGUCAACGCUUCAAUGGACAAAUCAGCUGCUGUUAUAUAUAAAAAAUAUAAAUAAUUAACUUAGCCAAUUGUGAACAAUUCGAUCAGCUUGCAAUUCUUAACAGCAAAUAGAUUCGACCUGACCACAUAAUGGACGUGUGGCAAGCAGCUACGCUUGACAGCCGCUCGGUGGCAUGGUAAAAGUCAGAGCAGAUACAUUUAGAGGCCAGUUAGGGUUUUGGGACAGCGGCCACUUUUCGGCGAAAGGCCGUUAAAGUCGCUCAACUAAAACAGUCGUAAAAGCUGUCGAGAGUUGUUUCUUUAGAAUUCAAUCAAAUCUUAAAACGUUGCCCUCAGUUCGAUUCUAAACGGCGUGCGGCGUGGUUCGUGUGUGAAAGGAAACAAAAUGUGGCAGCAACAAAUGUUGGCGUUAAGCGUUUAUUGGCUCCUGGCGCAGGCCGAGGGCGGCUUUAAUCGCGGCUCGGCAAACAAUGAGGCGCAGCUCCGACUGAAUCUCAAUGCCUGGCAGCCAUUGACGGGCCACAACAAUUGGCUAAUACUGCAGGCGACGACGGCAACAGACGUGCAACAACAGCAGCAGCAGCAACAGCAGCAGGGGCGACUUCCUGUCAAUUACUACGCCUACAAUCAUCGGUAUCAGGCGAGCGAUUCGGCUGCCGCAAAUGUUGCUGCCAGCGGAAAUUACAAACAGGUGCGAGCGAAUCUCAACGAGAGCCCCAGCUACGUGUGGGCCAUAAGCCCCGCGCUGCGUCAAUUGUCGCCGCCAAGUGCGCAGGAUGUGCCGGAAGUGAGAGCGCGCCCCCAGCCGGAAGUGCGCCAAGCUGACAGCUACGCGACUCUCGCUAAUGCACCUGAUGAGGCCAACGAGCCCAUCCUGGCAAGGCCCCCGUCAACAACUCUCCAUAUUAACAACUAUUUGGCGGCAUUCGAGCGAGCCGUGCUCAAAGUGCGCAACUUUUGUGACACUGUGCGUGAGCUUAUCAGCGUGGAGGAGCCCGAGGUGGAUGCGGCGCAGGAGCAGGAGCCGCAGCAGCAGCAGACCCAGCUAGAUGCCGAGUCCAGCAAAUUGGCAGAAGCAGCAGCAAUAACAUCAAAGGAAGUUCAAGGCCGACACAUUCGGCUGGCUGAGAGCUAUCAGGGCCGCAAGCUAAAAAAGCUGAAGAAGAAAAUUCAGAAGCUGCUGCUGCCGCUGCUCAUUGCGUACAAACUAAAGUUUCUGACACUGAUACCCGUUCUAAUUGGCGGCCUGGUCCUGCUGGUGGGCACCACCGGGCUGGCCGGCUUCUUCUUUGCCCUAUUUACGGCCGUAAUGAGCCUCAAGACAUCCACAGGUGGUGGUGGGCAUUCCAGCAAAGCGAUUGUCUUAAAGAAAAUUUGAGGCCAACAGCGUUUGAUUUAAGAUUUUAGUUCCAGUUUCCUCUAAUUAGCGCCCCGCCCUCGCCGCUGGGCCUCUGUUUUAAGCUUAAGCAGGCAGUUAAACGGCCAAACGGCGAUGGGCUUGAUUGAUAAUACACUUAAAUUAGGUAAUAACAACAAAACGGCCGCAGGAGACAAGUUAAUCAGCUUCACGAAGUUUCUAUACCCUAACUUUGGUUCAAAUUGAAUUGAAUUGAAAUUAUUUAAGACAAUAAAAAAUAAUGCAUUUAAUUGUGUAGUGUAUUAAGUAGUUAGGGUAUAUAUAGUCGACGCUUGCUAGCUAGCUUUGCUCACAAAAAAAUUACAUUAACAUUUCAGCUUUUCAGCUUGAUAAAAUGGGAUAUGUUUGGACAGACAAAAAUGCGGUCACACUCUUAAGUCUGAUAACUUAUUCAAACGUAAACAUUCACAAAGAAAACAUUCACAAAUUCAGUUAUUAGCAAA